UUGACUUUGAACAUUUCUUCUUCUUCGUCUUUACCAUAUCGGCAUCUAGACACUAGACCAUAAAGAUCUACAUCCUUGAAAUUUGCAUAAACUUUAACAAUCUCUUACUUCAUAACCUUCAUCAAAGUCCACAAAAAAAAAAAAACUCAAGAUUCUCAAUGGCCAUAGCAAGAUCCAUAGGAACACUCAUGUUCUUGCUCUUUCUAUCAACAAACGUUAUUGCUGACUCCUCAACAUCCACAACAGAGUUCACUUUCCUAGGUUUCAGAGCAAACCAAACCGAUAUCCAAACAGAAUCAGCUGCAACCAUCCAACAAACCGAUGGUCUACUCAGACUAACUAACCGUAACCACAACGUAACCGGAACAGCCUUUUACCGCAAACCAAUCAGACUCCGUGACCGUUCCGACAACAAACUAUGUUCCUUCAGCACAUCUUUCAUCUUCGUCAUAAUCCCAUCUAGUCCCGGCAACGGCGGUUUCGGCUUCACAUUCACACUCUCACCGACACCAAACCGUCCCGGAGCUGAAUCCGCACAGUAUCUCGGCCUCUUGAACAGAUCCAACAACGGACACUCCACGAACCACGUCUUCGCCGUGGAGUUCGACACGGUGCAAGGAUUCAAAGACGGAGACGACAGGAGAGGAAACCACAUCGGUCUUGACUUCAACAACCUCUCUUCGGCCGUACAAGAGCCCGUUAUUUACUACGACACGGAUGAUCGUAAAGAAGAUUUUCAGCUAGAGAGCGGCGAACCGAUCCAAGCGCAUCUUGAUUACGACGGAGCAACCGACACGUUGAACGUUACAGUCUAUCCAACUCGUCUAGGGUUUAAACCAAAUAAGCCUUUGAUGUUGCAUAGAGAUUUGAACUUAUCAGAGAUAGUUAAGGAUGCAAUGUUCGUAGGGUUCACUUCCGCUACUGGUAAAGGUCAGUCUAGUUCUCACUACGUGAUGGGAUGGAGUUUCGCUAGCUCAUGUGGAGAAGGCAAUCCAGUUUCGAACUGGCUCAAUGUAUCUCUGCUUCCUCGUCCGCCGCCACCAAACGUGAGUGGCAAGAAAGGCUACGACGCUCAAGUCGUAGCUUUGAUUGCUUCUUUAUCGAUUGUAACGUUAUUCCUCCUUGCGUUGCUGUUUGUAUUCCUUAUGUAUAAGAGGCAGGUAGAGGAAGGAGAGGCUUUGGAAGAUUGGGAGAUAGAUUAUCCUCAUAGGUUUAGUUACAAAGAUCUUUAUUUAGGAACGAAGAAAUUCAAAGAGAGUGAGAUCAUUGGCUCUGGAGGGUUUGGGAUUGUUUACAGAGGAAAGUUGCCUUCUUCAGGGGAUGUUGCGGUGAAGAAGAUAAAUCAAAAUAGUUUACAAGGAGUUAGAGAGUUCGUGGCGGAGAUCGAGAGCUUAGGUAGGUUAAGUCAUAAGAACUUAGUGAAUCUUCAAGGAUGGUGUAAACAUAACAAAGAUCUCUUGUUGGUUUACGAUUAUAUCCCCAACGGUAGUUUAGACUCGUUGUUGUACACACGGAACGGUAUCGUUUUGACGUGGGAAGUACGUUUCGAGAUCAUAAAGGGAGUUGCCUCGGGGCUGUUGUAUCUCCACGAGGAGUGGGAGCAAGUUGUGAUACAUAGAGACGUGAAAGCGAGUAACGUUCUUGUGGACGCGGAUUUGAACGCUAAGUUAGGAGAUUUCGGGCUCGCGAGGCUUUAUGAUCGCGGAACGCUAACGCAGACAACGAAAGUGGUUGGGACGUUAGGGUACAUGGCGCCUGAACUCACACGUAACGGGAAAGGGUCAACCGCGUCUGAUGUUUUCGCGUUUGGCGUUUUGUUGUUGGAGAUUGUGUGUGGGAGGAGGCCGACGAAUACUGAGAAUUUUUUUUUAGCUGAUUGGGUUAUGGAUUUUCAUACCAACGGUGGUGUGCUUCGUGCGGUUGAUCAGAAACUCGGGUCUAGUUUUAAUGGUAGAGAGGCGAAGUUAGCUCUCGUUGUGGGGUUGUUAUGUUGUCAUCAUAAACCAACGGUUCGGCCAACGAUGAGGAAUGUUAUUAGAUAUUUGAAUGGGGACGAGGAUGUUCCGGAGAUUGAUGGAAACUUGGGGUUUUCGGAUUCUUCUAGAGAUGAUAUUCUUAGGUCGAAUGUUGUAUGUAAUGUGUCGACGGAUAGAGCGUCGAGCUCUUCGACUACGUUUUCGUUUUCCACGGAGGUUUCUUCGGGUUCUCUUGGUAAUGGUAGAUAGUUGACGAUAGUAAAUUCGAACAUAACUUGCUUUAUGUAAAUCAGAUGUUAGAUAUUUAUCGUUGGCUGCAGCAUAGAUUUGGUUUCAACUUCUUGUACAAAUUAAAUAUACUUCAAAUGAUUUUUUUUUUUGUUUCUUUUAUUGAAAUUUAUCUGUCUUCUCUUCUGUGUUUUAUUAUAUCAUGUGAGAGGAUUAAGACUUGAGUUUGUCAAAGACAAUGACUU